AUGUCCGAAGCCAAACCAGAGAUUGAAGCUACCGCCGCUGCUAUGGAAGUAGACGUCCAGGAAGAACCAGCUGUAGAGGUCAAAGCUGAGGAACUGGGUCCUCUCCCAUCUGUAGAAGGUAAAAGCGAAGAGGAAGUAAAGGAAUUGCUUGAGAAGGCCUCAAAGCAAAUCUACUUCUACUUUUCCGAUUCCAACUUACCAGUCGACAAAUACUUCUUCUCCCUUACAUGCUGCAACACCGAAGGUUGGGUACCCCUCAAGACCAUCUUAACUUUCAAACGAAUGAAGGAAUUCCAGGAGAUUGGUCAACCAUUCGUUGUAUACGCAUUGAAGAAGAAGAUCCAGGAAGAAGGAAAAGAUCCUUUGGUGGCUUUAUCAGCUGACGGAGAGAACGUAAGAAGGAAAAGACCUCUGGAACCUAAUGCGACUGCCUGGACUCGAUCAGCUUAUGUGAAAGGUUUCGGAGAAGAUGAUCCAGAGAAUAACAAGCAGGAAAAAAUCGAGAGUUACUUUGAUCAGUUCGGGAAAAUUAAUGCUGUGAGAUUGAGGAGAGCCGAUUUGGAAGAUAAAGGUCCAGCUGGGAAAGGUAAAGGAAAAUUCAAGGGCUCUGUCUUCGUUGAAUUCGCCUACGAGCAGGACAUGAAGAGUUUCUUGGCAAAAGAGACUAUUCCUAAAUUUACUGAAGAUGGCGAGGAGAUGACCAAGAUGUCAAAGGACGAAUACGUAAAGAUGAAAGCCAAGGAGAAGGGUAUCCCAGAUAGUGAGAUUCACCGAGGUGGUAAACAAGAUGGCAAAUCACGAGAUGCAGGAAGGAAGUUCAACGCUUUCAAGGAGAUGGACAAAGCUAAGAAGGGAAUGUUACCUUCGCUCGCUAAGAUCGGAGAGGAUGUUGCUGUAGUGGGAAUCAGACCUGGCUUCUCAAAAGGUGGAGAGAAGAACCCUAAGAAGAGGGAGAGGGAUGAAGAUGGUGAAGAGAGGGAUUCAAAGGAAUCUAGGAAAGAGGAGCCCAAACCCCUCACUAUAGAAUACAAAGGUGUAAUGUUAGAAUGCGAUCGACAUACAGGAAAGAUCCUUGACCCUUCCAAAAUCCCAUUCGAGAACAACGCUGCUGUCAAGUUCAUCAAUCAUGGUGAGAACGGUGAUUGGAAAGAUCUCAAGGCCCAAGUCUCGAAAGUCAUCGAGAACCCUUUCCUUGCUUUCCCACCAGGAUCUCAAUCGGGUACUAUCGCCAAGAGCGAUGCCGCUGUUAUCACGGAUGAUGAGUUGGCUAAGCUCAAGGAACAGAAGAUGCCUUUUGGUGGUGCCGAAGUAGAAUGGGCACGAAUGGAUGAGGAGGAGCAACGAAACUUUUGGACCACACGAGCCAACUUCCAAGGUAAACUCGCUGCGGACAAGUUGAACGAUGCUCAACAAAAAGGAGGAAGACGAGAACGAGAUUUCAAAGGUGGACGUGGUCGAGGAGGUAGAGGAGGUAGGGGUGGACGAGGUCGUGGUGGUGGUAGAGGUGGACAUAGGGGCGACAGAAAUAGGGAAAGGGAUAACAACAAAGGAGGAAAUGGUGCUGAUCCGGCUAGCUCAUUGCCUCCUUCCCUUGGUACCGGUGCUUAA